GGGCUCCUUGAUUCCCGCUAUGGCUUCCGCCUCCCACGCCCACUAUUUGUUCCGGCGCGGAAACACGGGACGGCUAACUUGACCUGCUCUGCUCCGUCAAUCAACCACACAACCAAACCAAGAAGACCCACGCUUUCUCCUCGCCCGCUUCUCCCACGACCACCCCUCUCCAGGCUCCGGCCAUCCGUCGAUGCAACCGGCGCAGCCUUCGUGUGGCAGCCGGAGAGAAGGGAGAGGAGCCCCUGCCCGGGCGGCGCCACUCCCACGCUGCAACCACCACCGGCUGCUCGUGCUCGUCGUCAUCGUCUACCUGGUAGGCGGCAGCGACGUUCUUCUUCUAGCCGCUGCGGCGCCGGCCCGCCGUCUGGGAGCAGCGGAAUCCGUGGCGUACGACGUCGGCUCACGGCCGGUACCGGAAGUGGUUGCUGCGGCGAGCUCGCCGUCGUCGACGCCUGCCGCCGUGGGGUUCGCCGAUGACAAGCGGCCGGUCCCGAGCUGCCCCGACGCCCUCCACAACAGGUAGGAUCGAUACGAUAGUUCAAAAUAGCUAGACAGAACCUAGAGACCACGGUACGGCAAGAGCCAUGUUUUGACUUGCCGGCGCACAAUAAUGUCUCGAUUUGUACAGAUUCAUCUUGUUCUUGUUCUUAUAGGACUAUAUACUAUGGUUCUGAGUAGUUACUGGAUUCA